GCCUUUGCUUAUACAAGUCCUGGAAAUGCAAAAACGCCGAGGAGUAUUGCGGAGCGUGUCUUUGGCAUCUACGUCACCUAUGUUCUCUACUACGGACAGGCAACCGAUUAUCAUGUCAAAAUUCACACAACCACCGCGGAUCUGAGGAUGCUAAUCGAGUUCAUGAAGUCAACGCUGAUCCCGCAUCGACACCUGGACGCAGUGGGGUGUAUCUACAAGCUCGUCUACGACGACGCCUUCGCUAUAGUUCCGUUCCAUAAUGAUGUGAGUUUAUUUUGCUAA